AUGACGUGCCGGUUAUCCGCGAAAGCGUGCGGAUUCGGUCAAAAAUAUAUUGAAUCGGAUUGCCUGUUGACAGACCAGGAAUUGAAAAAAUUGAGAGAGCACAAGUACUCUGCAGUGGACAACAGUUGGUUGGACGAGUUAUGUAUGAAGAAAUGGUGGGAAUUUGUGAUCACCUUAUGCCCAAUGUGGAUCGCACCAAACCUUAUUACAUUGAUUGGACUCGUCAUCAACCUUAUCACAGUCCUCAUCCUAUCCUCAUUCAGUUAUUCCGCUACUGAACCGGCUCCGUCAUGGGCUUAUUUGCAAGCUGCCUUGGGACUUUUCUUCUAUCAAACAUUAGAUGCAAUUGAUGGGAAGCAGGCAAGACGGACGGGUUCCAGUUCUCCACUCGGGGAACUUUUCGAUCAUGGAUGUGAUAGUAUGACUCAAGUGUUCGUUACUCUAAACAUUUGCUACGCAAUGGCUCUUGGCACUGUUCCUUACGGAGUCCUCAUUGUGUCCGUCGUCUCGGUUGUCAUGUUCUACUGUGCUCACUGGUCAACAUAUUGCACAGGACAGUUGAGAUUCUCCAAGUUUGACGUGACUGAAGCUCAAAUGUCGGUCAUUAGUGUUCUGUUGUUCACAGCUUUGUUUGGAAAUGGUGUCUGGGAGACUCAUAUUAUUUUCGGGUACACAUUGAAGUAUUUUGUUAUCGCCUCUUCAUUCUUUGUCUCACUCUACCAAAUUUGGGGAUAUGUUCAUGUUAUCUUCAGCGGCGGUGUUGGCAAAAAUGGUUCUACGAUUGCGGGUACAUCUGUUCUUUCUCCUCUCUUCCCACUUCUAAUGGUUAUCGUUCCAUUUAUCAUGAUCUACAAUAAAACCGAGUCCACCAUCUUUGACGAUCACAUUACCCUCUUCUCAUUGUGUUUUGGAGCUGUCGGUGCCAAGGCGACAAACCGAUUGGUGAUUGCACACAUGUCAAAAAGUGAAUUGAGACUCUGGGAUUGGAUUUACGUCGGACCGUUGGCUUUGAUGCUCAACCAAUACUACAACUUUGUCGUUGAUGAGUACGUAUUGUUGUGGAUUGCUACUGUUUAUUGCUACACAUCUCUUUUCAUAUAUUGCACAGUGGUCUGUCGUCAGUUCUGUGAUUUCCUUAACAUCUACAUUUUCGUUCUGGGACCAAGAACACCAAAGACUAAUUGA